GCCAGCAUUACCGUGUAGUGGGUUAAGCAACCCCCAGCAACCUGUAUCAGAGUGCAGGUUUGGUUGGAGUCCAGGUGCUCUGCUUCCAAUCCAGCUUCCUGCUGAUGUGUCCAGGAAGGCACCAGAUAAUGGCCAAGUACUUGGGUCACUGCCACCUAUAUGGGAAACAUGAUGGAGUUCCUACCUCCUAACUUAGGACUGAUCUAGCCCUGGCCAUGGAUCCAUUUGGGGAUUAAAACACAGGAUGGAAGAUUUCUCUUUGGUUCUCUCUGUCACUCUGCCUUACAAAUAAAUAAAUACAUCUUCAGAAAGCAAACAAACCAGGAAACACUAGGUGGAGAUGAGAAUGAAAAAAAAGAAAAAAAAAAAAAAAGAGCACAUCAUCUUCUAAUGCCUCAAAUGAAAUGACCUGAGGCCAGUCACAAAAGAAGACUAGAUUUCUUCGUGUUUUUUUUUUUUUUCAGUAAAUAGUUCUUUGUAUUUGAGUGGCAGAGAGAGAGAGAGCAUGCACACUCCUAUCCACUAGUUCACUCCCCAAAUUUCUGCAAUGAUGGGACUAGGCUAGGCUGUAGCGGGGAGCCAGGACCUCAAUCCAGGUCUCCAUGUAGGGGCAGGGAUCCAAGAACUGGAUUUACUGCCUCCUGGAGUGCACACUGGCAGGAAGCAGGAAUCUGGAGCUGAAGGCAGAAAUCAAGCCCAGGCACUCAUAUAGGAGAUGCAGGUGACCUAAGCAGCUGCUUAACCACUCUACCAUACACCUCCUGUUAUAUUAUUUAACAAUUACUAAAAAAAAAGUAGUCAGUUUCCAUGGAUGCUUGUGUGCAGUGCUUAGAAAUUUAAACUUAUUUCUAAAGAUUGAGCUCUGAAACCAAGGGUCUCCUGGGAAGCAUUGCCUCCUGGUAUUGGCUAUCUACCUUUGUCACUUCACUGUCAUGGAAAGCUGCCCCUACCAGCAUUGCAAGUGGAGCUACAUGUCAGACAUUGCUGGCAGUCAAGCUGCAGCUGCAGGGUGUGGCUUGCCAAGAUGUCAGCUGUCCACAAGUCUCAUACACACUUCCUGCUCAUUGCUGCAGGGAGAAAAAUUUCGUUACGACAUUCUUAGCCUGGAAUCAUGCUCAAGUGGAGGUUUCUGAGAGUAAAACCACCUGUACCACAGAGAAAAGCCAGUGACAUGUUGGAGAUGACCAACCCUGGCUGUGAAUGACAGUAAUCAGAUUUUUAGGAAAAUUGUGAACUAGUUUUAUUAAAAUAUGAAUAGCACAAAAAAGUUAAAAGAAUAUUUGUUCCUAAUUUGAAAAUUUUCCAGCUGCAUGAUAACUUCACAUCUUUGAUUAAUGAGUGAAAUUUAAAUAAAUAUCCUUGCUGUUUCAAAUUACUUAUUCAUGUAAAGAGAAAUACUCAGUCAAAAUAAUAGAACUGUACUCAUUCAUCACUGACAACCAUUAUUGGGCUACAGACACAAUGAUUUAACAGAAAUCAAUGAAAUUCUUUGGUUACAAUUGACUGGCUUUAUGGAAUUAGAAUAAACAAUACUGUGUAUUUGUUUAUUAUUUGAAAAAUAUAUGCUCUAUGCAUUAUAUCAAUCUGAUUUAAAAUAGACAUAGGAACUUAGAUGCAUGCAUUUUUUCAGAGACCCAGUUUUUUUUUAAAUUACCAUCACAUCAUUAAUUAGACAUUUUAAACAUAAACUUUGAUGUGUUAUGCAUACAGCUCUCACCCUAAGGCAAACCCCCAUUACCAGAAUUGCCAGGUCAUGGAUUAGGAGGGACUCCAUGAGCUUAGAAAUAUGAUCACCAUCCCUUCCCUUCUCCUUUCUCCCAGUAUAUGGAGGUGUAUUAUCUAGUCCCUGCCUUUUCCUGUUAGUGUUUUUCUUUUAAUUUUUCCUACAAGAUCAUUUUUACGCUUUUCUGAAAUUUGUCUUGAUUGGUGCUACUUCAGCAUAAACCUCAAAAUGAAGGCAACAGUGCCCUGAUUCUUUUUUUUAACCUUAAAAUAUUAUUCUACCUGCAUUACUUGAGAAAACAUAGAGAAAGGAGUACCCAGGGGAGGGAAUGAACCAAGGAGGACCCCUUCUAAUUCCACCUUAGAGUAUCCAUGCACCAAAACUGAUGCAUAUUUUAAUGGAGGCCAUCACCUUUGGCCAAGUGAUUAUAGCUAUGCAAGUUCCAAGCCCUUGCCUAACCAAAAUAUCUUUUCACACAAAUUUCAAUUUGAAAUGACUCCUCAUUUGUCAUAAACCAUGCACAUUUUUGGAACACCAACAUAGAAAUUUGGGCAAUUUGUAAAGGCUAUGUGUAACUGAUGUAACACUAAAUGACUAAUCUAAUCACUAAAUAAUUAAAUGAAAUGUUUUCCACUGAAUUUAUCAGGGAUCACAGAAUUAUUUAGAAACAAAAGUAAAUCAAGCCAUUACUAUGAAAGAAAAUUAAAUAUUAUUUUUGGAAAUCCCCAGAUGUUUAGCAUGUUGGUAGACCAAACAUCGGGAUGGCUUGUUUUUGAUGUUUGACAAUGUGCAUGCAAUCUAACAGUUAAAUGGGAAAGGUGUUUAACAUCUAUCAGUUACUUUUCAAAGGCAUAAUUCUGUCUUUAAUUAAAGCAGAAACAAAACCCAAGCACACAUCUGUUCAAUGCACAAGUUUAAAAAAUAUUUUCACAUGUUUUACCUAGUUUGGUUCUUCAUGAAAUCAACAUCUCAACAGACAAAAGAUAUGGCAGUUUACUCUUACACAAUAUAGCCUAGGUAUGCAGUAUGUUAUGCCAUCUACAUUUCUGUAAGUGCAGAUGUUCACAAAACAACAAAACCAUCUAAUUCAUUUUUUAGAACUUAUCCCCAUCAUUAAAUGAAGCAUGGCUUUUUUUUUUUUAUUUUUUGCUAUACAAGGAGAGAAUCUGUACCCAAAGAGGUUGCUAAGUGAUUUAUCUAAAGUUCCACAGGAAAUGUAUGACAAUUAUCGAACUCAAACUUGAGUUCCAAACCCUUUUGUCUUCUAUUCUGGUGGGAGUCUCUUGAGACAGAUGUGAACUCCCAUAUUAAAUCAUUCAGAGGGUACUUUACUUAUCAAUAAUAUGAAUGUGUCAUCAAUCUAAAGAUGAUCUAUGAUGGUGUUAGAAAGUGUAUAUGAAUACAAAGCAUGAAUGCCCAUGAAGCUGAGCGGAUGCCAGAGCCAUGCUCCAGGACUUCCCGGCUCCAGAACCGAACUGUAUGAAGAGGAAUUGUUAUAUGAAAUAAAACUAAAUAGAAAAUCUUUACUCCUUCACCUUCUAAGAUCAAGGGAGUUCCUAGCCUCAAAUUAUAGUGAAACACACUACAUCACAAAAGGAGAAGCAUUCAUGAGGCAGGUUCAGAUCAAGGAGCACUGUUUUUACCAAGGAUCCAUCAUACAUGAACUUGAUUCUGAUGCCAGUAUCAGCACAUGUAAUGGCCUGAGAGGAUUCUUCAGAGUACAUGACCAAAGAUACCUCAUCGAACCUGUGAAAUACUCAGAUGAGGGGGAACAUUUGGUGUUCAAAUAUAACCCAAGUGUGCUGUAUUCAACCAAUUAUUCUUGUGCAGAGCUCAAUUCUACUGCAAAAAAUCAUCUAAAGAAUACCAGCUCUAAGGAAGACUCUCAAAAAGAAAACAACCAUAAAGAAAAGUAUAUUGAACUGUUCAUUGUCGCUGAUGACACCAUGUACCGUAGGAACAGUCAUCCUCACGACAAACUAAGGCACCGAAUUUGGGGAAUGGUGAAUUUUGUCAACUUGAUUUAUAAAACCUUGAAGAUCCAUGUGACAUUGGUUGGCCUUGAAAUAUGGACAAAAGGAGAUAAAAUAGAACCGGAUUCAAAUAUAAGAACCACCUUAUUACGUUUUUCAGCUUGGCAAGAAACAACCCUUAAAAAAAGGAAGAAUUUUGAUCAUGGUAUAUUACUCAGUGGGAAGUGGCUCUACACUAAUGCCCAAGGAAUUUCUUAUCCAAAGGGUAUGUGCCUGCCCUAUUCUUCCUCCAGUGUAAUUAAGGAUCUCUUACCUGACCUGAAUAUAGUUGCAAACAGGAUGGCACAUCAGUUGGGGCAUAAUCUUGGGAUGGACCAUGAUGCAUUUCCGUGUACCUGCCCAUUGGGAAAAUGUGUGAUGGAUAGUAGUGGAAGCAUCCCUGCAUUUAAAUUCAGUAAAUGUAGCCAAAUCCAAUACCAGCAAUACCUGAAGGAUUACAAACCAACGUGUAUGCUCAAUAGUCCGCUUCCUGACAAACCAUAUGAUAUCCCUUACUGUGGAAACAAGAAAGUGGAUGAGGGAGAAGAGUGUGACUGUGGCCUUGUUCAGGAGUGCACUAAUCCUUGCUGUGAAGCUCACAAAUGUAUUUUGAAACAAGGAUAUACAUGUGCAGAAGGAGAGUGUUGUGCAUCUUGUCAGUUGAAAACAGCAGGAUCUGUGUGCAGACCAGCAAAAGAUGAAUGUGAUUUACCUGAAGUGUGCAGUGGCCACUCCCCUGAAUGUCCUAAGGACCAAUACCAAGUCAAUGGAUUUCCUUGUAAGAACCAAGAAGGCUACUGCUUCAUGGGGAAAUGUCCCACUCGGGGUGAACAGUGUUCUGAAUUAUUUGAUCAUGGAGCAAAAGAGAGUGUUGACAUAUGCUACAAGAUGAAUAAAAAAGGAAAUAAAUUUGGAUACUGCAAAAGAGAGGACAACAGAUUAGUUCCCUGUGAAGAGAAAAACAUCAAAUGUGGAAAGAUAUACUGUAUGGGAGGACAUCAUUCCAAUCUCAUUGGGGAAGACAAGAUCUAUCACCUUAAGGAUGCAAAGCAGAAUGACACUGUGGAAUGCAAAAGCAUGUUCUUAUACUAUGAUUCUAAAGAUGUUGGCCUGGUUUUUCCUGGGACAAAAUGCGGAGAUGGAAUGGUGUGCAGCAAUGGUGAAUGUGUAAAAACUGAGGACGUCUAUAAUUCCACCAAUUGUCCUUCUCAUUGCAAUGAAAAUCCUGUGAAUGGUGGUGAACCCCAGUGUACAUGUGAGGAAGAACAAUUACUUCCAGACUGGGAAGAAAACUUAAAUCUUACCAGUAUCUCCAUAAUGGUUGCUGUGCUUGUCUUGGUUAUUAUUGGUGUUGGGGUUGUUACAUUAUUUAUUAAAUACCAAAAAUGUAUUAAGUUGAAGCAAGUUCAGAGCCCACCUAGAGACACACUGGGAGUAGAGAAUAAAGGCUACUUUGGUGAAGAACAGCAAAGGAUUGACCCAAUCUUGCCAGAUAUCCAUCCCCUACAUGGAAGAGCCGAAGAGUCCUUGGAGAACCUUCCAACCAGCUUUUCAAGUCCCCACUACGUCACACUGAAGCCUGCAGGUCAAGAUCUAAGAGGAAUCAAAGAUCCCACCCAAAGCGCCAGAGUGAGAUUGAAAUUGGAUAUCCACAAUGGCUGUGCAAGUCUAGGUUGAAGAUUCUGGAGCCAAGAUUUCACAACUUUCCCUAGAUUAUUUCCUACACAAAAUUCUUGUAGUUUUUCAAAUGUUCUUUAUUUGAAUAGAAAAUGUUUAAGAGAAAUAACUUCUUUCUGUUACAUUUACUUAUACAAAUCACAACCUGUAGUAUAGAUAUUUGCUAUGAGAAAAAAAGUGUCUUACUGUUUUUAGUUCAAUAUAAAAAUAAAUAGUCUCCUUGCUCUAGUGUUUUCCUACAAAAUGUCAAUCUUCUUACUUUUAAAGAGACAAAACAUUUUUUUGACAGGCAGAGUUUGAGAGAGAGAGACAGAGAGAAAGGUCUUCCUUUUCCAUUGGUUCACCCCCCAAGUAACCGCUACGGCCAGCGUGUUGCAGCCGGUGCGCUGCGCCGAUCCGAAGCCAGGAGCUUCUCCUGGUCUCCCAUGCCAGUGCAGGGCCCAAGGACCUGGGCCAUCCUCCACUGCACUCCUGGGCCACAGCAGAGAGCUGGACUGGAAGAGGAGCAACUGGGACUGGAACCUGCAGGCAGAGGAUUAGCCUAGUGAGCCGCGGUGCCGGCCUAAAGAGUCAACACUUUGAGAAUGCUGACUUAAACCUUGAAUCUAAGAAGCAAAGCAUUGGUUAUAAAAGCUUACUUCUUUGCAGGCAUAAAAAUACUCUCUGUAUUUGAAACAAGACAUAAUUCCUGCUAGUUCUGGUUUAAAUGAAACCAUCUGCAGAAGAAAUGUCACCUUAGGCAACACAGGGUGGCAUUGGUCUCAGUGGUUAUUGAAAAUUGAAGAAGGUGGAAAAAUAGUCAUCAGGACUGCAGAAUGGUCAGUACAGUCAGGAGGGCGCAGCAUGCCUCUGGCAAUUCCAGGUCCCUGGAUCUGCUGUUGCACAAUUCCUUAGGAAGCCCAUGGAGAAGUCCGCAUAUUAACCUCGCUGAGCAGAUGGACUCGUAAUUCCCAUGAAGGGCUUUGAGCUUCUUGCAAUACACGGAUCUGAGCAUUUAAUGAAUGAUUGCUGGCACCUCUGCCUGACCCUUGCUAGUUUGCUGAGGGGUGGGGGGGGGGCUUUCCUGGGAGUGAUUUCAGCUAUUUCUUACACAGGUGACUCUCAGUGUCUCUCCUAUGUUCUCUGUUUUUGAGAACUGUAAAAACUAUGACUUUUUUUUCCAUCACUGAAAUAAAGUUCUCAAAUGCUAAAUGAAAAUUUUCUGAUUCAAAGAAAUAAAGGCUA